UUGAGGAUUGCUGCGCUCUCCAGUGUGGCGCGUAAAUCGUAUGCGUGACAUCCGGCCCUUCUGUUCCGCUCACGCUCUGAAAUCAGGAAUUCGGCGGGGUGGGGGGCUUCGAUGACGUCACGCCUGGUCCCCCGUUGGAAUGCGGAAGUGCCUGCGAAUUCGGGGGAAAUGUGUGCAGAAGUUUUUUCCCGUCGGCCAUGCAAACUACUCUAAAGCGCCUGAGAAACAGUCCAGCCGUGUGGCCCUGCUGCCCGGUUUGUUUAUAAUCCGGAGUGAGCGACCGGAAGCAGUACAGUUCGCAUGCCGUUAAAAAGUCUGUUCGCCGAUGAGAUGUAUCGGAAGUCGGCGGCGGAAAUGGACGGGUUCUACGAGAGCGACGGUCGGAUUUACAGAGGGACCAACUCGGCGACUGCAGGGAUUAACGACGGUUUACCGGAGCGGACCUGGUGGUGUUUGAUUUGUGCCAAACGGUGGCCCGUCGUGCUAGUUUCAUCUCUUUGCUCCGUGCUCGCCAUUGGGGCCGCCGGAGUCUUCUGCGCCCUCCUCUACCCCAUCCUCAGAGAACUGCGGGCUGAGAGAGUUAAAGCAGAGGACGGGACUGAAGUCAGAAUACUUGGGUUCUGGAGCAUCCUGGUGUUGUCAGUGUCAGCUGGCUGUAUAUGCUGUGUUUUCUCAUGGACUCUCACCUACCUUGACUCGUACCAAUCUGGCAUGGCGGUUCUGAAACCUGUAGCGUUUCUCCGCCUCAGAGACACACCAGCAGAGUCUUUCCAUGUGGGCUACGGUGUGGCGGUCCUGAACGGGAUUAUGGCUACUAUCACCGUGAUCUGGAGCCUCAGCUGAAGUGGACACUCAUAGCCAGCAUGCACUGAUUACUCUGCUG